CGCAUUGAUAAGACUGCUUGGAAAGGUGGCAUUCCCAGCCUACUAAUCUGCGCCUAACACAUGCUUCGAGGGGUUGGCUUAGCAGUUCUGGACCAUCUCCUACCCUCGUACGGUUUAGCGCCGGCAUGGAUGAGGCCUCAGAGUUUGGAAAAGGGCCCGAUGGUCCAUGCAUCAGUUUAAUGGUCUACCAGUCCGCCUCGUUGGCUUCGAGCCGGCAGGAAAGGAGGUAGUAGUAAAGAAUUUUCAGUCGAUGGAAGAAGAGCAGAAUUUUGGUCGGCUGGUAUAUCAUUGUCGAGGUACCGCUGGUGCUCUUGAUGGUCUCCCGUAUGGGCCGUGCCAGCAACCAUCAUGACAAACACGACCAUCACGUUCGACUUUCCGGGCACGGUGCAGCUAGUCGACACACGAGGCGUCUUCGACGUGAAGCAUGGCUCGGAGCACACCAAUAUCGUUCUUGUUCCGCAACCGAGCAGCGAUCCGAACGAUCCGCUAUCAUGGACGCGAAAGCGCAAGACAUUCAACAUCUCCUGGGUCAUGACCUGGUGCUUCUUCGCCGCUGCCAUCGUAUCGGGCCUCUCUCCCGCGUACCUGCAGAUCGAAGCAGACACCGGCAUUUCUGUAGCAGACCUUAGCACUGGCAAUGGCCUCAUGUUCCUCUUUCUCGGUUGGGGCACUCUGCUCACCCAGAACUUCGCCCUCAACUACGGAAGGCGUCCGACUCUCGUUUAUUCGAUGGCCGCGAUGACCUUUAUCAGUCUCUGGACUGCCUACGUCAAGUCUCGAGCCGAGUUCUUUGUUAAUCGCAUCAUCAUCGGCAUUGUCUCUUCGCCAAUGGAGACUCUCAUCGAAGUCAUAAUUGACGACCUGUAUUUCGUCCACCAACGAGGCUUCUACAUGGGUAUCUACAGUUGGAUGCUGUGGUGUGGUGCCUUCCUCUGCCCAGUCGCUACAGGAUUCAUCGCCGAAGACCUGGGUUGGCGUUGGAUCCAGUACAUCCUAUCCACUAUAGGUGGCGUAAUAACCAUUUUGACAUUUGUCUUCUUCGAAGAAACCAUGUUCUACAGGCCUAGUUCACAAGCCGAUGUUGGUGGCAUCCCCAAUCAGCAGCCGGGUCUCUUUGAUAGCGACAAGAGCGCAAUCGACACCGAGAGGUCCGAAGACCAAAAGCCUCAGCCUGUGGAAGGCGCAGCCAGUAUCAAUUCUGAAAUCGAGCCACGCACUUUACCGAACCGCGUCAAUGUAGCACCCGAAAAAGCUUUUUGGUCAAAAUUCAAGCUAUGGGGUUAUCAAGACGACAGAAAACCAAGACAGCUGAAGCAAUCUCUGUUGCCUUUUUACCUCCUUCGAUUUCCUUCCGUCAUUUUCGCGGGCAUUCUGGUUGGAGGUAUUCUCUCGUGGUACAACGUAGUUGGCGGCUCUCUGGCUCUCAUUCUCGGCAACCCACCAUACAGCUUUGGCUCCAACGUUAUCGGCCUCUUCUACCUUGCUUCGGUGAUUGGAGUAUCGAUGGGAUGUCUAAUAUCAAGCUGGGCGAGCGAUGCUUUGUCAGUGUGGAUGGCCCGCCGGCAUGGGGGAGUAAUGGAACCAGAGCAUCGUCUUUGGUUAUGCUUCCUGGCGAUCAUCGCCCAUCCUGUUGGCUGCAUUCUAUACGGCGUGGGGGCUUCAUACCAAAUCCACUGGGUCGGUAUUGCUUUCGGGCUGGCCUUGAUCUCUGUCACUCUCCCUCUGGGAACCAGCAUGGCGUUCACAUAUAUCCUUGACAGCUUCAAGGACCUCGCUGGCGAGGGCUUCGUGUCAGCUAUCCUUAUUCGUAACACGAUGGGCUUCGCUUUCAGCUAUGCUGUAGUGCCGAUGAUCAAUAGCAUUGGUCUUCGCGAUGCCUUCAUAGUCACAGCGGUUCUUGGGGUGACAUUCUGGGCACUGUGUCUGGUCAUGAUGUACUUAGGGAAACCGUUGCGACGCAUGGCAGCGCCUCAUUACUGGGACAUGGUAGAAAAGCAUAGCCUUUCAGGACACUGAGUCUUUACAUAAAAUUAACUACGUCUUACGGAGAGUUUAAUGCAAUAAUUCUCGCUCUUUCCACACGUGCAAAGGAGGUCUUUUAACCACACUGCGUUCGUGUUAUGAAAACCUACAUGCAGUUACACCUAAGCUUAAGUUUCUUCCCUACAUGUGCUGCCUGUCAGCGUCAAAUAACGCGCAGAUGAAUCCUUGAAGGCCACGGAGUACACCUGAAUUACCCGCGCACAUUUCUGUCUUUCACAGUUCUACCCUACAUCCGAGUAUUCUGACAGUCACGGCGACAAAAUAUCAGAGAUGAUCUCCACUUUCUAGUGCUACUCAAGAAGUAAGCCAAGGACAUAGUCUCGGUUCUCCCAUUUGGCGAGACACGAAUACGACUGCAAGCCCUUGCAUUUCGGACAGUAGUUCAGCCGAGAUGUGUGAGAGUGUCUAAGGUAGAUAGGCAAGAUUAAUUCAUUAUCAUG